UUUACUGAAAACUGUAACUUUUGACAUUUUAUUCCAUUUCCUUAAUUUGUGCCCCACAUUAAUAGCUUUUCUAAUCAUUCAUCAAAACAGCUUCAGACUUAAUACAUCGCAGAGCCUCACACUUUUAUUCUGAUUUGUCUUUGCCUCGUCCUCGACACUCGUGUGCACAGGCUGUGAAACUCAGCUAGCUUCUGUCUCACUGUCUCUCUCUGUGUGUGUGCACAGGCUGUCAAACUCAGCUAGCUUCUGUCUCACUGUCUCUCUCUGUGUCUCUCGGAGCCAUUUAGACGAGCUAGUCAGGUAACUUUCAGUCCGAAUGGCAUCAGUAGAGGAGAUGUCGAGCGCGGUGUCUGAUGCUUUAGAAGACGGGAAAGUAAACUUUGACCAUGCGGAAGAGGACCUGGAUAUUGAUUUGGAGGAGCAUCUGAGCGGCGGUUAUGUGUUUUACAGGGACAGGAAAGACUGGGCAGAUCUGGAGCCGGUUCCUCAGGAUGAUGGACCCAACCCUGUGGUAAAAAUUGCAUAUUCAGACCGAUUCUCGGAUGUGUUUGAUUACUUCAGAGCCUUGCUGAAGAAUGAUGAGAAGAGUGAGAGGGCCUUUGCACUCACUGCUGAUGCCAUUGACCUCAACGCUGCAAAUUAUACAGUAUGGCACUACAGGAGAGUGUUGCUGCAGGCUUUGGAGAAAGAUUUGAGAAAGGAGAUGAAGUAUAUCACUGCAAUUAUAGAAGAGCAACCCAAGAACUAUCAAGUCUGGCAUCACAGGCAUAUGGUGGUCGAGUGGCUUAAUGAUCCGUCCAAAGAGCUGCAGUUCACGUCUGAGAUCCUUGUUCAAGAUGCCAAGAACUACCAUGCAUGGCAGCACAGACAGUGGGUCAUUCAGAAUUAUAAACUGUGGGAUGGAGAGCUGGAGUACGUUGAGGAGCUACUGGAUGAAGAUGUGAGGAAUAACUCGGCAUGGAACCAGCGCCAUUUUGUCAUCAGUCACACCACUACUUACUCUCCUGCAGAAGUGCUAGAGCGAGAAGUGCAGUACUCCCUAAAACAAAUCAAGAAAGCACCACACAACGAAAGUGCAUGGAAUUAUCUUAAAGGGAUUCUGCAGGCUACAGGACUCUCAGCGCAUCCCGGAGUGCUGCAGCAAGUUCAGGAUCUGCAGGAGACAUGCUGCUCACCACAUCUGCUUGGCUUCCUAGUGGAUUUCUACGAGGAUGUACUUGAAACAAACAACAGUAACAACAAGACUGACACGCUCAACAAAGCUGUGGAGAUCUGUGAGCUGCUUGCCAAGGAGAAGGAUACUAUACGGCGGGAAUACUGGCGCUAUGUUGCCCGCUCAUUACAGAGCAAGUACGGUUCGGAACACACUCCGCUUACAUCCAAUGAGGAGCAGAACACCCCCCAGCAAUAACUAAGAAAAAAAGGAAGGAAAGAAAGCGAGUGAUUCACUUAACUAUAUAACUGAUUAGAAGGAGUAUGACUCCUAGAUGCUUGCAAAACUCAUGCUGAACUGUGUCUUUCUGUAUUUUGGAUUUACCAUAUUGGUAAAGCCCAUUAUGUAGAUGUCGCGAGGCGAGUAGAGGAGGAAUGAAACCUUUGCGUAGAUGUGCCGAGACUCGAAGGCUGCAAUGAAUCCAAUAUCGUUUACUAACAAGUUAACAGUUUGAAAUUCAGACUCUGAACGGAAAACGACAUUUAGCAUAAAUUGUGAAAGGCUACACAAAAUAUAGGCAAACAUAUAUAAAAACACUGUUGCCAAAAUAUUUGUGCAAAAUCUGUAAAGUUCCUGUGUAUGGUUGGUUUUGUAUGCUUACAAUAAAAAAAAUGAAAAAUAAAA